UUCAAAAGCGCUCCGACGUUUUCGGAGACGUCUGUUACCCACUAGCUCGAUAGCUAGCCGGGGUUUAACGCUCACUAGAGCCGUGAGAACACCGGACUCCGGGCGAACCAUUUUCAAAACCACCGCCGUCUUUCACUACUCAGGUGACUGAGCAAUGGAGAAGCUGGAUGAUGUAACAGUAUCUGUCCUUAAAGCUGCAAGCAUUGACGAGCGCAUGCUUUUAACAUUGACCCGUGAUGAUCUGAGGGACCUUUUUUCUGGGCCUGAGCACUUUCUCAGAAGAAAACAUGUGUGGUCAAUAAUUCAUCCUGAGGAAGACCAUCCGCUACCACAGAAACCUGAAACAACUUCUUCACCCAGGGUAGUUGCAACAGGCCCUCCAACUGCUGAUGCUAAUGUAAGCCAGCUGAAAACCUUGCAGCUCCCCAGUCCUCCGGAAUAUGUUCUGUACACCGACAGUGAGUUGGAGCAAUGCCGAAAGAGUUACCUGGAGUUGGCCUGCUCCGGCAGGGAACAGGCAUGCGUCAUGUCAAAAGAACUGAGAUGCAGAUUGGUGAGAAAUACAAUCACAAGUAUGGUGUCCCUUUUGAGAGCAAGCCAAGGCCAAAUGGAGCGAUACCCCUCUAAGACCGAAAUCACUGCAAUGGCUAAAAAAGUUGUGGAAUAUUAUCCUAUGCUGCAGGAUAAUGAUGCAAGCGUAAAACACGAGAGCAUUAAUGCCAAGUUACAAAAAAGGCUGCAAAGUAUGAAAACCCCAGUAAAAAGGCAAGGACCAACACCGGAGAGGGGACGGCCCAAGAGAAGGCUCACUGACCUCUCCCCAAGGGAUGAAGAUGCUGAUCGCAGUUCUUCCAGUGGUGCAUCUACUCUGUUGUCACCUGUCAGAAAUUCUGACGAUGCCUCCACUUCAUCUGACAAGGAUAGUCAGCAAAUACAAGCAAGACAUUACAAAACAUUACAAGAAAUGUGUAAGAAGGCAAAACCAAACCAAGAAGAUGUGUCCCAGCUAUUAGACCUCGAGUUUGAAGCCAGAAGAUCCUUCAUUGACUCAGAUACCAUGAAAGAGGAGAACAGAGCUCGCCUCGUCUUGGAUGCAUAUCCAUGCUUUAAAGAAUUGCAUCAUGCGUUGGGUGAGCUUCGCAGAAUUUUGGAUCCCCACAACAACAAGUUCAUCAGUCAAGUAAAACUGAGAUGGGAAGAAUUCUGCUCCAGGGUAGAGUUCUACGGUGUGUCAAAGAAGGCAAUGAAUCCACCAAUGACCAUGGACAAAACUGAAGCCCACCUUGCACUGAUGAAGGCUCUUCCAACGCUCUUUCCCACACCUGCCCAUCCACCAAAAAAGAUGGGGAAUGCUUCUGAAAAUAUUUCGGUGAGGUAUCCUGGGAAUAUCCUAGCAGAAGGAGGAGGCCCCAGAGCAGACCCAGGAUUCGUUGGAGAGAUUAUAUUUCUCGGCUUGUUCGGGAACGUUUCGGUCUCCCCCCUCGAUGAGCUAGAGCAGGUGCCGAGGGUGAGGGAAGUCUGGGCCUCUUUGCUCAGACUGCUGGCGCCGUAA